AUGGAAGACAAAAAACGAUUACGGAUUAAUGGCACUUUUCGGUGGACAGAACAGCAAACUAGAGAUUUACUUACGAUUGUCUUUGACAAUGUGAAGGCUAAUCCGGAACAGUUUGAGAAACCAACUGCUCAAAAAUUUUAUGAUCGCAUUACGGAAAGUGCACCAAAUUUACGCAACAUCAAAUGGGAUACUAUGCGUACAAAAAUGAGGCAUCUUAAAACAAGUUUUUUGACCGCACUCAAGUGGAAAGGCCAAACGGGAGCAGGAUUGCUUGAGAGUGGAGAUGUAAAAAGUGUUGAAGAAUACAUCAAAAAGACUUGUCCAUUUUAUGAUGACCUGCACGCAAUAUUUGCACGGCGCGUAAAUAUCCAGCCGCCAGCUAUCUACCAGUCUACAGAGCCAAUCUUAUCGCUGGCGAAUAAUGAAGAGGAGGCGUUAUUAGAAAUUGAUUAUGAAACAUCUUCUACGACUUUACUUGAAAGUCCAUUAGUAAGUCCGUCGGUUAUACUUCCUCCAACAUUUUCUGAGAACCAAGUUAGUCCGCCUUGUACUUUGCCAUCAGAUACUCGCACACUAAACAAUACAACCACACCAAAAAGAAAUUUGAAGAGACCUCAAAGCUCGAACUCAUUCGCUUUAUUAUUUGAAAUUCAAAAGAAAAAGGUGGAACUAGAAACACAAAAACUGGAAUUGGAAAAAGAAAAAGAGGAAAACCAAUUUAAAUUGCAGAAACUACAGCUGGAGAAAGAAGAGAGAAUCGAAAUGGAAAAAUUACGAUUAGAGCACGAAAGAUUGAAAAGUGCAAAUAACUAAUAAGUUGCCAAAAUGUGUUCGUAAUAUGAGUCGAUACAUAUCAAACAUGCCACCGUAAGAUUAUUUUGAGAAAUUGUGUUUAUUUUUUCUUGCUGUCUAUUUGAAGUAGCUUUUGGCAAACUAUAAAAAUCUUUACAAAAUAGAUCUUGGGGGCAUCUCGCGAAGAAAAAACUAUGGAAAGUUAAGCGAUAUUUAUUUUAUUUAUGUUUAUAUCGUCACCUGAAAUG